AUGUCAAGCCGUAGGUGGAAUGUCCUCCCACCCUUCUCCCUCACCCCCUCUCCCCACCGCCCCUGGCGCCACCCCGAAACCGUCCUUGAUCAGCCCGCCCCCCCGGCCGACGGCGACAUAGACUGGGCCGACGAUGACGCCAGCUCGACCGUCAGCAGAACACCCAGCAGCACAGCAGGCCCGCCGCGGAAAAAGCGCAAGACAAGAAAACACUUGUUCACUCGCCCAAAAAGCUCAGCCAGCACAAGAGAGCCAACAUGGGAGCCGGAGGAGGAGGAUCCAGACAUGCUGGACAGUAUCACGGUCGCAGGAGGAUUCUUGAUUGUUGGGCAGGGGGCAAUCGAUCCAUUGCCCUCCUCGCCGCCCCCACCUCUACAGCCAAAGAAGAGAGGCCCAGGGAGACCACCAGCAACACCAAAAACACCAGGGUCCAACGCAAAAAUCACAAAAGGGAAGACAAAGACCACUAAAAAGCCCACGCCCUCAACAUCAACACGAAAGGGCCGCUCAGCCUCCAACGCCGCCGCCAAGCAAGUCUCGCCGGAACUCGGCCACCCCAAGUCGCCCAGCCCACCCGCCAAGUCACCAACCACGAAGCGCCCAGCCCUGUCCUUCGCAGACCGCGGACGGCACGGAAGCCCAGCACCACCGUGCACCGCCACGCCGUCGAAAUUGAACGCCCCCCACGCGCAAGACGACCCAAUCUCCAACCCCCGCAACGAAAUCCCCUCCAGCGUCAUCGACUCUGACUCAGGUACCCAAACGCCGCCCAACGCACCCACCCCAACGUCCACCGACCCCGCGCCCCCAGAACCGCCGCCGGCGCCCGCGCCUGCAUGGGUGACUUGGCCCACCGCGCUGACGCCCCCACCCCCGAACCCGCACGUGAACGAGCUUGCUGCGCACCUCACAUUUAAUAUCCACGCCUUUCCCACACUAAACCAUCUGUGCUAUGUGCUAGGCCAGGACCUGCUCCCACCGCGUGAUGAGCGCUCGUCGCCAUUGGCGGAUAUCUUCCCCGAUGCGGAGUCGCCGCCGCGCCAGGAGGUGAAGCCGUGCUAUGAGCGACUGCGCCAUGUGGUAGGGAAGGAGAUGGGGCUGUUACUCCCGGAGGCAGGUGCGGAGCAAGAGUGGGUUAUCUAUGUGAAUUACCACUUCCCGGUGCAGAACCAGGAGCAGCUGGAUGUGUGUAUGGCGCACUUGGUACACCAUGCACGACCGGUACAUGACAUUGUGCUGUCGAAGAAGAGCAAACCGGAGUUGUUCCAGGCUGCACUAGAGGAUGUGCGCAGCCAGGAUAGGGAUUUCUGGAAAGGACGGAGAGGGCAGAUGGCGGGUGUGAGGACGGGAGUGAUCCUACUUCAGCGAGGGGUGGGGAUGUCGAGGGCGAAAGCGAAGCCAAGGAACAAGUUAAAGAAGAAGGGGAAGGAGAAGGAGCGGAAGGAGCCAGCGGGUAAGAAGCGGGUUGCUGAGGAGGAAGAUGUGGAAAUGGAUAUGGGACGGGAGAUUAGAGAUAGUAUGGAGCCCUCGCCGGCGCCCACGCCCACGGCUUCGGCGGCGGUGUCUCUUGCGCCAUCAAUUGGUACAAGGCUUCUGCGUAUCUCGCCGGUGCGUAAUGCAUCCCAGGAGAGCAGAUUGAUAGAGGACGACGAAUCUACAACCAGAACAGCAACCCAAAUGCUUUCUACAAAAGUCCAAAGGAUCGCAGCACCCCCGCCCACCGCGCCAAAGGAUAACGAGAAAGAAAACAAAUCUUUACAAACCCCCGAAGGGGCCACCAACUCCACCCGGUUAGGGAAGAGGAAGAUAGGCGGACACUCUUCGGCGGCAUCUACUAGCUUGGCAAACAACCGGAACGAAAGCAGAUGGGCUAGCACUACCAAGGCUGAGACCUCCUCAUCGAAGUCUAAGGGUAAAGGCAAGGAUGUGGACAUGUCAAACUCGAAAGAAACCACCCCAGUAGCUGGCCCUGCGAGGAAGCGCAGGAAAACUAGGAUCAAAUCGCCGCCCAGAACGCCGCUAAUCCCAGAUGUUUCUGCAGCGCCGGAAAAGGCGGAGGUGCCAGAAGGACCGGAGGUGCCAAUAGCCACAGAUCUCCCUGAAGAACCAGAAUGGUCAAUGGCGAUAGAUCACACCUAUGAUCUAGAAGUCUCAGCGGAAACAUUUGUUCCUGACGAUCCAGAGCAUCCACCAGAAAUAGAGCCUACUGAGGGAGAACGGCCGCCGGAGCAAACUCAGCCACCUAAGGAACCUCCCAAUGAAAUUCAACUAUCAGCAGAUAUUUGGCCACAACCUGUUCCAGAAACUUCACAAACCCCGCCAAUUCCAGCAGCGUCGGAAGUAGCGGACAGCACAGCGUCUACGGAAACUCAAGGAACUCCAGAGGCUGAACAACCAACCGCAACCGCAACCGCAACCGCAACCGCAAACACACCGGCCAUUGAACUUCCCCAGAAAGAACCACCAGCAAUAGAAGCACUCCAUGCAGCGGCAGAAACAACCACCCCAGAGAUUCCAGUAGUUUCUGUGCAACCUGAGGAGCCUACCCCAAUGGAAAUUGAAAAGCCACAGGAAGCAGCCCAGGAGCCACCGAAAGCCUCAGAAAAAGCAGCCAAGCAGCACUCAAAAACCACCGAGAACGGAAAGAUACCCGAGCCAGAAACCGCAGAAAACAAAGUCACAACGACGGCUGAACAUCUUUCACAAGAUGUUGUAGAUGAUGUCAGGGUUAGGGCUAGGGCACAAAAGCUUGUUACGAACGAGGAGGUCAAAGAAUUUCACAACUUGAAUAAUAACAGGCUUAUCGAAGCGGAGGCUAAAGAGAAGGGGGCGCGAGCUAUAAAGAGUGGUCUGGAGGAUGGCGUGAAGGAGGAAGAUGAGGGAAAACUCCAGGUUAAGGUUGUGAAUAACAAUGAGAAACCUACUGCAAAAGAGGUAGUCGGGGAUGAGGCAGUAAUAGAGGAGCACGGGAACAAGAAGGAGGGGGGGUCAUCGGUGAAGCAGCUGGGGGGCGAUGCCCAUGCGAUACCUGCGAAGGAGCCCGAGGUUCCAAACGCUGUGCAUGGAAGUUUGCACGACGAACCGGAGGAGACACCAGCAAAGGAAACACCGAUCGAACAGGAAAGGCAGGGUACGCCACAAGAAGGAGGACAAGAAGUUACAACGGCAUUGAACGCUACCGUAGCUGCAGACCAAACAGAAGGUACACCAACGGUGCACGUGCUGCCACCACCGGUGGCAGUGGAGGAGCCACAAGACCCCAUAUCCACUCCGUCCGCUGUGGUGGUAGACACAUCUUCCGUGGUGGUAGAGAGGGCAGAAGAUGUGCCGGCUAAAGCUCUCGAUGAUUCAGGUAACGUCACCACAGUAGAUCCGCCGGCUCGAGCUUCAACUCCACCCCCGCCCCCGCCCCUGGAGACUGCUUGUACACCCAUGGAUACCUCAUCUCCUUAUCCAAACGACGAGGUGGAUGUUAUCAUGACCAACAAUGAUGAUGCCGGUGAGUCAAGUAUUCAGCCAACGCUUCCAGAACAGGAUUUGAGCGCUGCGAAUACUGUCUCCGAGCAGGACCCAACCGUACCCAUGGAUAUUGAUGACGAGUCACGGCCACCUGUCAAUGAUGGGCAAGCAUUGAAGGGGAAGGGCAAGGAAAUUCUGGAUAGUGCUAUCACUCCACUUGAAGGACAAGAACCGACUGUUGCGGGGCCUGCUAUUAACGAUGCCGAAGAUGAAGGGUCUAAUCCUGUGCCAACGUAUAGCCAGUCUGUAGAUAUUCAACAUGGGGCUUCUUUGUUACUUUGGGCCGCGGAGGUGCCGGCGGAGGAACUUACAUCUGAUGCUCCUGCCCUCGAGAGGAGCUCGCCGUUGCCUUUGACCUUGCCUAUACCUCCCAUUUCUGCACCUCCGGCCUCUGCGACAGCUGUCCAGCUUGCUGAGGAGCCACAAGCCCCCCAGCAAACGGAUGAGGUUCACGAGGCCAUCGCGGUUGCGCCCACUACAGGUGUAAAGAGAAGGUCCAGAGCCAAAAACUCAGCGGCCAAAGAUACAGCCAAGUCGUCCAAAGAAACAGCCAAACAAAAGACCUCCAAGGCCAAGCCCACCGGGCCACGAGCAGCCCCAAAGCGAACACUCAUCGUUUCCCUAAAGUUACCAAACGCGGAACACGCGCAGGGUGAGGGAACAUCACACUCGCGCGCUGAGGAAUCGCAUUCCGAUGGCGCUGCUGUUGCUGCAAGUACAACUCGUACACCACCACCCCCGGCCACCCCGUCUAAUAAUUGGCUCCCCGCCACCAUAGGCUUCACCCCCGUCAACCCUCCCAGCUCCUCCUCGCCACUUCGCGCAUCACCUUCUACGCCCGCGCCGUUACCCAGACCACAGCCGUACCGACGCCCAGAGCCGACCAACACGCCGCGCUCGAUCGCAGCGAAGCCGGGUGGUGUAAGCCCGAAUCCGAGGUCCACAUCUUCAGCAGAAUUACUUGCGGCGGCGCGGAAACAAACUCAGACGAAGAGCGCAAAAUCCAAAGCCGCGGUUCCGAGAGUCGGAAGUGCGACCACUACCCCGGAAUACCCGAAUGCACCUAUUCCGUCGCCGAUCGCGUCUCCUGGACAGAGUAUAGGUGGUCGACUAAUUACUAAUGCACGACGCAGCGGCCAGCCUUCGGAAAGCACGCCUUCCCCGAACAGACCAGUUGUCCAGCAGCAGCAGCCGCAGCUGGCGGCGGCGGUGGCGCCGCCGCCGCCACCUGUGGAUGAGCCCACCAUCCAGCAAACCCCUGUUGUGGCCACCACCGCAGGCUCCUCUCAACAUGUUGUUGUUCCGCGGCCCGUAAUCGUAGCCAGGAAUGUCUCACCACUGGCCACAGAUAAGGGUAAAGAGAUGCAGGUCCACCCCGUUCCAGAAGAUUCGCCCGCAGCGCAUCCAGCACAGGCGACGACACCGUUGCCUGAUGCCCUGACCCCUCCUGCUGCAGUGCAGGUGCCUCAGACACCUCAGAAUAGUUCGGGAAGACGCCUUGGAUCAAGCAAGCUCCGCGAAAUGCAAUCCAAUGAUGACCCAAGCGUUACAAGUGGUAGUCCUGUUGUUGCCAAUCCAUUACCACCAGCUCAGCGGACAGACCCCCAAGCACCUCCUACUACUACUCGAGAACAGACUCCCGCUGCAUCAACUACUGCCUCUUCUAUCGCUCCCGAUGCCUCUCCAUCAACCGCCGAAAGGGUCAUGGCAUCCACAACAAGACAGUCCACCCCACUCUCACUCCCACCUGCACGGUCAACUAUGACACCAGAGUACAUCGACUCCAAGAAGAUCCAACCUUUAGUCCCGAGGGACAACUUCCUCUACUGGGAACCCUCUAUCGGGAAGGUUGGUCCGGGUGCAGACAUUAAACAGCCCAUUGGUACUCUGUUACGUGACGCGGGUUCUGCAAGUGUCUCACCGAUUCAUGGAUCGGCGUCGGGGUUGGCUGGUUUCCCAACGAUACCUGUGAGUGGUAGACCAUUGUUCCAAUCACCACCACCGCUGAGGCCGCUAUCGCCAAUACGGGUAUCUCCUUCUCCUCCGCCACAAGUACCAUCGCCGCUGCAACCCAAACCACAGGCUCAGGUAGAUCAGCAGGGAAAGCCGCAGGGAAAGCCGCAGAUACAGCCGCAGGUACAACCGCAGCCGCAGCCUCAGGUGCAACCGCAGGCUCAAUUGCAAGCACCACCACAGGCGCAACAACAGGCACAACCAGACGUCCAGUCAGCGCCUCCGCCACCACCAGGCGCUCCAGCUCAAGUUUCUCCAGCCAAUGGUUCUCCGGCCCAAGAUUCUCCAGCCAUAGUUACAACCAAAGAGAUGAUCUUCCACAUCUCGCACUGCGAGGGCGACGACCAGAAGAUUACUCUGCACGGCCGCGACUUCCUCUCUCCAACUGGGUUCAAUUGGAAUACGUUCGUGAGCGUGCUCACGCAGAUGAUCAGCUUCAACCAAAGGCAUGAAGUCCUGGUCGUCAAUCUGCACCAUCUGGUGGACGACGGCGAGUCGCUAGACGAGGGGAUCCCGUUUUAUCGCAAGGUUAACGAGGUGCUGAUUGCGAAGGUGGAUCCGUUGGGGAGGCCGCCGAAGGAUUUGUGGGAGAAGGUUAAGAGCGAGAGGAAGAAGUUGAGGGCGAGGUUUGAUGAGUGA